ACUUUGGCGAAGCGUACUCCACCAAAGACGAAAUCCUUCAGCUCUCGUCGGCCAUCAGCCGGAGAUCGUCGAUAACUGCAGCACAGCCCCCAUCGCCUCCUGCUUCGUACCGUCCCGGGGCCGAAGCCGAAUGUGUUGGCCCGGUGGCGAAGCACCAUCAUCACCACCUGCACCAGCAGCAUCCAUGUGAAGCGAUCGAAAGCAGCCACCUGUUGUACCGCUAUCAACGAUAUCAAGACCUGAGCCGCCAUCAGCAGCAGUUGCAGGGCAAAGACGCCGAAUCCGACGGGUCCAAGAUGUACGACAUUUUGGUGGUGAACAAAAACUACGAUGCCGAAGGACCCGAUUCCAUCUCGGUGCGGGUGGGAGAUCUAGUCGAAGUUCUGGACAUGGGCGUAUCAUCCGCAGCUGCCACCGCCGCCGGGGCAAAGAGGCCAAAACUGGAUCCACAGCUAAACGUUGGCAAGACGGAAAGCCUGCUCGAUAGUUCCAUUUCAAAGCACAAGCUGUCCAUCAAACCGAAAAAGAAUUAUCAUAGCUCGCAGUUUCGGAGAAGCGUCAGUCCACAGCCGCCACAGUAUCAACCGAAACCGAACGAAAAAUGGAAAGUACGAAUCUUCGAUGGGGACGACAAUGCCAAAGCAGGAUGGAUACCGGUCUCGGUGCUGGACAUUAUGCACACCGAUCAGGCCGUGUUUGGCGAUAAAGCUAACGAUGCCUCCUAUCGCCGGGAAGCCGUCGUUCGCGAGCUGAUUGAAACUGAGGAGGAAUUCGGCCGGGACCUACAGCUGGUCGUCGAUAACUACAUCAAGUACAUCGACAACCCGGACAACAAAAUUCCCCGCCAGAUCCGCGAUCACAAGGACGACAUCUUCAACAACUUCAAACAGAUUGCGGACUUUCACAACACAGUGCUCAUUGAAGGUGUCAAGUACUACGCCAACAAUCCGAAAAUGAUUGGCAAAACGUUUCUUCGGUUGGAGCGUGACUUCGACAAGCAUGUGCGGUACUGUCGGGAUGCGCCACUUGCGCAGGAGUUUCUCGCCGCCAACGACGCCGUCCGGGACUUUUUUAUGGAACUAUCCCUCACCCUAGACGACGACAAAAGUUUAUCGGAGCAUCUCAAAUUACCCAUCCAGCGGAUCAACGACUACAAGUUACUCUUUAAGGAACUUCUCAAGUAUUCCACAGCUCUUGGCGAAAAUGUCACCGAUCUCCAGAAGGCCCUAGAGUUGAUGCUCUCGGUGCCCAGUCGUGCAGCGAAUAACCGAUAUUUGGAGAACAUCGAAGGUUUCCGAGGAAACCUCCAGAAGCUAGGCCGCGUGCUCGCCCACGAGUAUUUUGGAGUCAAAGACAAGGAGAACAAAAUCAAGGAGCGCUACCUGUUCCUAUUCAAGUCUCGAGUACUCGUCACCAAAGCGAAACGACUAUCGGACGAGAAAUCCAUCUUCGUUCUCAAGGACAUCGUUAGGCUUCCGGACGUACAAAUCAGGGACGUCGAUUCCCGCGCCUUUGAGCUUCUACCAAAGGUUGGCGGUCGAGGAGACACCGUACAUCUGAUCGCCUACUCGGAAGAAGCGAAACAGCGUUGGAUCUACGAAAUCGAAGAGUACGCUGAAAACGCGGUUGCACUUCAGGAACACGCCAACGACGAUCUGCGUAUCGAUCCGACACAGACCAACAUCGACGAUAGUAUCAUCAAGCUACCGCAACGAAUCGAAGCUCAUAAAACCGACGAGAAUAUCAAACCUUCGGAUUUCGCCGAAAGCUACGUGGUAUUCAAACACAAAACAUCACAUCGAGAGGAAACUCAAUCGGUGCAGAAGACUAUCAGCCAAGACGCCGCUGAAGUAGAGGAAGCAGAAGAGAAACCUAAGAGCGUUCAAGAACGUCUUGCAGCACUCGAAGUCAAGAAGUCUUCCCGGAAGGUCGAAACCGCUGCUGGUAAGCAAGAAACAGUUCAACAACAAUCACAAAAGACUGUUCAAGGCAAGACUUCAAGUGUCCAAGUGCAGGAAACUAAAACAUCUUCCAUUACUGUGCAAAGCUCAACUUCCAAACAGGAGUCCGCUCAGGAGUCUAAAACAACAGCCGUUAAACGACAACAAGACACUCAACUAGAAGGUCAAUCCAAAGAAGCUAAACUAACCAGCCAAACUCAAGUUCGAAAUCAAAUUGCAGAAUCAAAAUCAGCAACAGUUCAGCAGACUACACAGCUCCAGUCUCAAAGUAAGACACAGCAGAUUGAAACUACAGCGGUUGCAUCUACUCAACAGGUAGCGACUGAAGUAGAGGUUAAAUCAUCUACUCAAGCUCACCAGCAAGUUGUUCAAACAAAUUCACAACAGCAAUCUUCCCAGAAACAACAAUUAGUCGAAGUAAAAUCUGAAUCCUCAACAGUAAAACAGGCAUCUACACCCCCAUCGCCUGCUAUUGACGCCGAUUCUAAGAUCAAGCAACUCGAAUCAAAGUACGAGGCACUCAAACAGAAGAAGCUCGAACAGAAGUCCGAAGAAGUAGACGCCAAGUUCCAGAUCAUCGAAUCCAAGUUUGCAGCACUCAAGCAAAAGCAGGAACAACAGAAACAGAAACUACAGCAUUCUGAGUCGAUUCCGAACAAGCAGGAAGAAAAGCCAGCUGAACCACUCAGCAAGGUCCAGCAAAUCGAAUCCAAGUACAAGCAGCAAGUAGUUGAAGUUAAAGAACAAACUGCUGAAGUAGUUGUUCAGGAGCAGAAACAAGAACAGUCGAAACCAUUGACUAAGGUAGAGCAAAUUGAGAGUAAGUAUAAAUCCAAGCAAGAAGCUACUGAACUAACAGCUCAGGCUACUGAAACUGUUGUGCAAGAACAAGAACCGACAAAACCGCUGUCCAAGUUAGAGCAGUUAGAAUCAAAAUAUAACAAAAAGAAGAUUUCUAUCGAUCAAACCGUUGAAGUCAGUCCAGUUGUAGUAACAGAGCAAGCGUCACCCUCUGUGGAAACACCUCAGACGCCAGAUACUCCAUCAAAGAUCCAGCAAAUAGAAUUCAAGUACGCUUCACUUAAACAGAAACAGCAACAAAUUGUGCAAGAAGUUCAGGUUUCCGAAGCCGUCGAACAACAGGAGCACCAGUCCAAACUUGCUCAGAUCGAAGCGAGGCAUACAGCACGUCGACAAUCUUUCCAGAAAGAUCAGGAGACUUCUGAACAGCAACAACAAUCUAGAAUCCCUAUCGCCAGCGUUGCCAAAGCCACAGAACAAAAGAAAGAAGAGAAACACUUCACCGCACAAAAGGUCGAGGCAGUAAAGUUACCAGAGCUACCAAAGAAACAAUUCGAAAGCAAACCCGACGAGCAAAAGACUGAACUCACCAAACCAGUCGAAACACCUAAACCCAAAGUUGACAAAAAAGAUCGUCCUAAGCUACAGAUACCAGUCCCGGAGAAACGUAUUGAGGGAACCAAAACUCCCGAAAGUCCGAAAGACAAAAAACGACCCGGAUCACCAAAAAGUCCUAAGGGUAAAAAAUCACCUGUCAAGUUACCAGAAAGUCCCAAGUUACCGGAAUCUAAGCCAACCGAGCCGAAGAAGGCUGAAAAAGUACCGGAGCAACCCAAGGUUGUAGAGAAAAAGGCUCCAGAGUCACCGAAGACACCAACGAAGGUUCCAGAAAGUCCUAAGCCAGCUGAGAAAAAGGCAGCAGAGAGUCCCAAAGUAAUCGAGACACCUGUCAAGCCUGUGGAAAAGAAAACACUAGAAUCUCCGAAAGUGCCAACCAAGGCUAUCGAAAGUCCAAAGACAUUUGAAUCACCUAAAACACCAACAAAGGUUCCAGAAUCUUCGAAGUCCCCGAACAAACCAGUUGACCAACCGAAAAUUCCGGAAAGAUCCAAACAACUUGAGAAAAAAGUUGAACCUAAAGCGCCACAAAGUCCCAAGGUUGUCGAAUCGCCAAUAUCGAAGACCGCACCUAAAACCGUAGAAAGUCCGAAACCGGUAGACAAGAAGCUACCAGAGCCGAUUGCCAACCAAGACACCAAACCAAAAGAGCUUGAGAGGAAAUCAUUCGAAGCGAAGAAGGUCGAAGCCGUCAAGCUACCGGAAUUAACUAAGCAGAAAGGAACAGCAGAAACCGCUAGUGUAACAGGUUACGAUACUCCUGUAGCGGAUGCCGAGCAGGAUAUCUCUCUAGGAAGUCUAGUAGAGCAGAAAUCUAGAGAGGAAUCCCUUAAGCAUAAGCUAGAGGAAAUCCACACCCGCGAAAAGGCGGCCCUUGCUGAAGCUAAGCGAGUUCGGCAAGCCAAAGAAGAGGAAAUCCGACGAAAGUUCGAACAACGGGGUGAACGAGAAAUUCAACAAAUCAAAGAAACUACCUCGGAACUGUUAGAGCAGAUACAAGCUACCAGGGAAUCCGUAAAGUCAGCGCUAGGAUUAACUGAGCCAAAUAAAACAGCGAAGUUACCAAAAAUCACAAAAGCAGCGGAUUCAGAUUCUCAACAACAACAGCAGACUCCACCACAAGACCAAGGCGGUGAUCAGCGAGAGUCCGGAAGUGACAACACAGGUGGUGAUCAAAACAAUCAAGAGAACCAAGGCGAGAAUAGGCAGGAAGGAUCCGGUGAAGGUAACGGUGAAAAGCGAACACCGCCGCCACUACAGUUGCCAACAUUCUUCGAUCCUCCACCCCCACCAGUAUAUCAAGCUACUAUUGAGGUAUUCAUCAAGAAGGAACGACCACCACCGCCACCACCUCCAAAGAUUACCAGGAAGUUAGUUGUGAAUACGGACGAACUUGAGCGAAAGACUCAACUGUUCUUUGAAGGUCGCAUAGAAGUACCAGAUCCAGAUUACAGUACAGCUGCUGCCCAACGCAAGAUCAAAGGAAUCAAGCAUUUAUUCGGAAGGACAGGUCAAACGGUAAAUUACGCAGAAGAUACCAUCCACAAGGCAGAACAAGGCGAGUUUGAGAGUAUUCUUUUCCCAGAGGAGGAAGAACCCAAACCAAAGGAACCAGUUUACGAAUACCAGUAUACGGUCGAAGACCCGGUAACAGGAGAGAAGAUUUGUACUGCUGAUCCAAACGUCGUACUGAUAGAAAAAGAACAAGUCAUGGAUGAUCAUCACACUUCUAGGUAUUCUUCGCUAAGACAGACUUCCCGGCGAGGUCGCACCCUAGAAGCGCAACUCGAGGAACUAGCCGAUUUCGAGAUCAAGCACGAAGAGAAGAUGUCGACUACCCAAACCGAGAAACUGCGGGUGCCGACCAACAUAAGACCCCACUUUUUGAAGGCAAUUCACGGCCUGAGCGUCGAGCCCGGUGAAAAUGCGAAGUUCUCGUGCCAAAUUGACGAGGAAUCCAACGUCCAAUGGCUGAAGGAUAACAAACCGCUUGAUGACAAGCUAGCUGAUCGCGUCAUUAUCAAGGAAGCAGGCGAUCUUACGCAUAUUCUGGAGAUUCAGCACUGUCGCGAGGAAGAUAGCGGCACUUACACGGCUCGGGCCAUCAACGGUACGGAGAAUGCCUCCUGUACUGCCCAGCUGAUCGUCGAGAAACUAACUCCAGAGCAGAGAAAGGCACUUUCUGAAACCAAUUCACCGGUAUUCAGUGUGAGCCUGAAAGAUACAGAGGUCAUCGAGAAGACUUACCUGACAUUCAUGGUCAAGGUCAGGGGCGAUCCCAAGCCAAAGAUUCGAUUCUGUAAAGAUGAUCGUGAGAUUCUCGACACCGACAAGCGUAUGAAGGUCGUCCGCGAGCGUGAAGACAGCGGAUACUACGAGUUGAUUAUACCCGAAGUCCACAAGGGCGACUGUGGUGUCUACUCGUGUACCGCCUACAACAAAUUCGGCAGCACCAAAACCCAGGCACAACUAUUGGUAACAGAUCAGAAAGAGCUAUUCAACGAGCUGGACACUCUCGAUGCAGAUAAGAAUAAAUUCGUCUGGAAAAAGAACGGUGUACCCUUCGAUCCUGAGGAGCGAUUCAAGGUGCUAAUGGCUGAUGAUUCCGAUUCGUUGGCGCUUGUCUUCCAGCACGUAAAACCAGAGGAUGCUGGACUCUACACUUGUGUUGCCGCAACCGCUUCCGGCAAUAUCCAGUGUAGUGCUGAACUCACGGUUCAGGGACAAGUCAACCAACUACAACAGGAGCCAUCCAAGCCGCACCUAGUAGUUACAUCGAAGGAUGCACUGGCUCGAAUUGGCGGUAAAGCAAUGCUCGAGAUGAAAGUCCACGGCUAUCCGAAGCCAGAGCUCGUAUGGCGUCACGAGGGUACCAUAAUCGAACCACACGGUCGCUUCAAGUUCCUCUACGAGGACGCCGAAUCCGUAACGCUGGUCAUCAUGGAUGUGCAACCUUCGGACGCCGGUGCCUACUCCAUCGUUGCACAGAAUCAUCUGGGCGAGGAUUCGACCUUUAUCAACCUCGUCGUCAAGUAUCCACCAACCAUUGUUAAGCCGCAUGACGCAUCGGCAAUGGUCGGCGAAAACUUCAAAAUGUCGAUCGAGGUAAAUGCCGUACCUGAAGCCACCGUUCGCUACUACAAAAAUGGCAGAGAAUUCAAGGAAAACGAACGCAUUAAGUUCCUAACGGCCGAAAACUACCACAUCAUUAAGUACAGCCCAGCAGCGGCAGAGGACGCUGGCAACUAUUCGAUUAUCGCCACCAAUGAGAUUAGCCAAGCUACUGAGUUCUGGGAGUUCACCAUGAAUGCUCCUCCACGCUGUACACAUGGCCUUCCUGAGGAAACGAUUGUCAACGAGAAGGAGGACAUCGAGCUGUUCGUCAAGGCCGAUGGUAACCCAGCUCCAAUCGUGCGCUGGUACAAGGAUGGUAAGGAGGUUGUCGCCGAUGGUAAGCGAAUUCUGAUGAUCGAAGACGAUGGUCGCUUCACACUGAAGAUCCAUGCGGCGAAUCGUGAUGAUACGGCACGCUACACGGCCGACAUAAUCAACGACUACGGUACCAUCACGCAACGUUCACAGGUCAACGUGAACUGUCAAGCGAUGGUCCGCGAAAAAAUGAAUGCGAUCACCUGUAAGGAAGGUGACAGUAACAUCACGAUGAGCAUCAAGGCCGAUGGUUUUCCAAGGCCAAAAGUUCAAUGGUACAUUGAUGGUAUCGAGAUUACCGAAUCGAGAAACGAAUUCAAGACGGUCGAAGAGGGACUAUAUUACAAACUGAUUAUGAAAGAAGCCAAGGCCGAACUCCAGGGCGUGUACAAAGCCGUUUUCACUAACGUAUACGGUUCGGAUGAGAGUAGCGCUAAAACCACCGUUCAGUGCACGCCCAAGGUUCGUAAACCACUGGUGGAUACAGAAGUUGACGAAAACACCACUCUGACUCUGGAGGUAGAAAUAUACGCUGAGCCCGAGCCGGAGGUGACCUGGUACAAAAAUGGACAACCGGUGCAGACGGACGCACGUUUGACGAUUAAACGCGACUCACAGCGAGUGGAAAACUAUACGCUCUCGUUGACGAUGGUGCGUGGUGCCGAUUCGGGUGACUACGAAGUGCGUGCGGUAAACUCAAUGGGAACCAUCUCCAGUAAAUCGCGGGUCGUUGUUCAGAAGGCCCUUGUAGCGAGCCCCAGUGAGAAUGCCGAAGCACACCGCAUGUUCAGCGAAUGCACCACAAUCGGUCAAAACGGAGAAACGAUCAUGAUCUCAGUACACACCGAAGAGAGUCAUGCCGCCAUCGUAACAGGACCCGAAGAAUCUCACUCAAUCCAUCAAAUGCGCGCCACUACAAUCAUAUUCGAAGAAGAUAGUGGAUCUCCUCUGGAAACGCCUCAACGGAUCAUUUACCCCAAUAAACCACACGCUUCUGCACUGCACGUCGAAGAAAUAGACAGCAUUACCUUUCAAUCGCCGGAGGACACAGCCAAGUAUCACAAUCUGACGGUAAAUGAGUCAUCCGGUACAAGGUUGAUCAUUGAAGAGCAGGAAUCGGACAACGAGGCAUACUCCGCAAGCUCCGGAAAGUAUUCGCGAGGAGUUUCCAUUACUUCGGCAACGACAUCGGAUGACGAAGCGUCAUUUUCACGACAAUCUAGUAGAUUGGGCACAGAAGAGCCUGAAACAGCUCAACGAAUGCAAGUAAACGGUGUCUCCACCACGGAAGUAAAACAAGCGGAGUUAUCGGAAGGACUACACAGGGAGGAUGCUGACCAACGCGAUGCAGAAAAAGGAAAAAAAGUUCACUUCGAAGAUGACUUGGCUUCAGAGACGAAAAGAGCAAGAAUUUUGGAGAAACAAGAUGUAGACGAAAGUGAAGUAAGCGAACAAUGUGCUCAAAUGAGUCGUGACACAAAUACUCUUCAGGCUGGAAAACUGUUUGAAAAGGGGGUCGCUGAACAAGACCAAGCUCCCGACAGUAAACUCAUGGACACGAACGACGUUCAGAACGAAGGUGGUAUCAAGACUGGAAAAACGCUUGAUAAGAUGGCAAUGGAUGAAUGCCACACCGCCGAUGAUAUACUACUAAAACCGGAACACGACCACUCUGAGAACGCCAUCAAAUCUGGAAAGAAGUUGGAAAAAUCUGAAAUAGAAAAUAUUACAGUGCUCGAAGGUAAGCCCAUAGAACCCAAAGAGAUUGCCGAUGGCAAGAAGUCCUUUGCGAAGGAAGCAGCAUUAGAAGGAGUAAUUGAUGCAUCGAAAACACAAAUUUCCAACGAAGAAUUACCUGAAUGUCUCAAAACCAAACAACUACGUGCGGAAUCCAUCGAAGAAGUUGAACCUCAGAAGUCCGAUAAACCGUUCGAGAAUUCAACAAAUGAAAAAUCCAAAAAAGCUUUAUUGGAAGAUGAGGCAGAAGCAAUAGUUAAACAACCUACUCAACCAGAAGCGUCACCGGAAAUUCUCAAGACCGACAUUGCUGAUGUCACCACGUUCGAUUCGCUGCCACUGUCAUGGAUGGUGGAAGCUGACGGUAUCCCGAGACCAACCGUCGCCUGGAUGCACAACGGUGAAGAGGUUAAGGCUAGCGAACGUAUCCGUAUUACUGACUCUGGAACUCUCUACAAGAUCGAGAAUCUGGACGUCAAGGAAGCCGAUGCCGGCGAAUGGAAGGCAGUGGUCAAGAACCGUAUCGGAGAGAAGUCUCUGCCAUGCAACCUGACUGUUAUUCCAUGCAAGGAAUAUCGCCGACCGAAGUUCCAGAAAGGCCUGGAGAGUCUCAGCGUUCACAAGAACGAGUCGGUUACUCUGAGCGUAACUCUCACUGCCGACCCGGAGCCGGAGAUCAGCUGGAUCCAAGAUGGCACCGAAGUACAAGCCGAUAACUUCGUUGAAAUGAAGACCGAAAUUAAGGAGCUGGAGUACAACCUAAAGGAGAUCACCUACACCUUGUAUAUUGCGGAAGCUCGCCAUUACGACACUGGCAAUUACACGUUCCGCGCAAAGAACAAGUACGAUAUCAACGAAUCCAACUGCCGUUUGGAUGUACUGUUGAAGCCGGAAAUCGAGAACUUCCACGACAUUACGGUGGAGCCGUUCACGCAAGGAGUCUUCCAGGUACUGAUCAAGGCAAACCCGAAACCGAAGGUCGUCUGGACCAAGGAUGGCAUCAACCUGUGCAACGUCGACAAUUGUGACGUCAUAGCUGAUGUUGAAAAAGAAAUCUACACUCUUCUGGUGGAAUCUUGCGCUUUGGCUGAACAUGGAACGUACACCAUCUCGGCAUCCAAUACAUUUGGUGAAACGGUUGCGUCCGCUAAGUUGAACGUCCACAUGACGAAACCAACCUUUACUAAGGAACCGGACAGCAUGAACGUGCAUGAUUGGGGCGAUGUCUACAACAAGGUCGAAGUAUCCGCUGUUCCACGCCCGACUAUUCAGUGGUUGCGCAACGGAACUCCAUUGAAUCUGGAGGAAAUCGACGAAGAAACCAACGAGCCAAAGGUCAAGGUAGUCACUUCCGGUGACACCGAGGUUACGAGUGAGCUGUUCAUCAGCCAUUUCGGUCCGGAAUGGCAAGGAGAUUACUCUUGCGUUGCUUCGUGCAUCGGUGGUGAGACUGAAGCCAAGUUCAUGAUUUUGGUCAAGAACGAGCAACCGGUGUUCGGCAAGGGACUCGAGAGGGGCAUGGAUCUGGAAGAGGACGAUCGUUUAGAAUUGGCCUGUAUCGUAGAUGGUAGCCCGCUCCCGAAGAUGACCUGGUACAAGGAUGGGCACGAGAUUACUCCUAAUGAACACAUUAAGAUCACACAUGGCCAUGAUGGGCGAUGCCGUUUGGUUAUCGAUAAGGUUGAUCCUGGAGAUAGCGGUUGCUACAAGCUGGUUCUGACGAACAAGACCGGCGAGGUUUCCACACAAUCUUGCGUUGCAGUCACACCCAAGCAACGUUACCCGGUGUUCAUUCGCCCUCUACAAGAUCAAAAGGUUGCCGUUGGCGAAACUCUGCACGUGGAAGCCAAAAUUGCAGGUUUCCCUAUGCCCGAGGUCAGAUGGUUCAAGGAUGGCUUACCAGUGCACCACACUAAAGCAAUCAACUUCAUCAAUGAACCUGACGGUAUUGUUGGAUUCAUCAUUGAUCGCGCUACUCCUGAAGAUGCCGGUAUCUAUACAUGUGAAGUGGUGAACGAAGUUGGAAAGGCUACAUCGGCCUCAAUCGCUGAAGUUAUCCCGAAGUCGAGAAAACCACAAUUCGUCAACGAGUUGCAAGACAUGAGCAUUGUUGAGGGUUACCCCCUGAAAAUGAAUGUUAAGGUAGUGGGAUACCCUGCUCCAGCCAUCAAUUGGUUGCACAAUGGAACACAGAUUACCGGCGAACGUUUCAAAAUUACCGAAGAAGGUGAAGGUUGUUCUACUCUUACAGUGGAAAAGUCCAUCGGAACCGACUGCGGAGAUUAUCAAGUAGUUGCCUCGAACGAAAACGGUGAUACCUCGUGCACUGGAAAAGUUACCAUUCUUCCUGUUACGGACACUUCUAUUGGCGAGGAGCCACCCAGCUUCUUGGGCGGUAUUCGUGACAUCACCGCUGAUGAAGGCAAGGAGCUGACGUUCAGAGCUCGGUUUAUCGGCAACCCUGCACCGGAAGUUAUCUGGACAAAGGACGGUGAGCCUCUUCAGCCAACUGGACGCGUUAGCGUCACUUGCGACGGAAAGACAGUCGGCCUCACCAUAACGCCUGCUGAAGUAUCCGACUCUGGUGAAUACGCUUGCCUGAUGGCUAACCCAUUGGGAGAAACCGAAACCAAGGCUUCGGCUAUUGUUCGUAAAAUGUUCCAAAAGCCGAACUUUGUCUACCGUUUCCCAGAUGUUCAGCAGUUGCCAGGGUUGGAAGCAAAGUUCCCAGCAAAGUUGGUGGGCACUCCUCGCCCAACUGUUCAAUGGUACAAAAACGAAACUCCUAUCUAUCCAAGCGAUCGAUACAAGAUGAAGUACGAAGGCGAACACUGUUAUCUGUACAUCAAAGAAUGCGUCGAGUCGGAUACUGGAUUAUACUCGUGCAUUGCUACUAACCGGGAGGGAACCAGCACCGUUGAAGCUAAACUGGAUGUCGUCUCUCAACUAACGAAGGGCGAUGAACCAACUCCUGCUUACUUCAUGAAAAAACCUGUAGACAUGACUGUUCUUGAGGGCAUGAAGGCCAAGUUUACAGCAUGCGUCGAUGGAUAUCCACUACCUACCGUGGAAUGGAUCCGUGAUGGACAUCGUCUUGUACCUAGCGAAAAAUACCGCAUCGAAGCCGACAUCAACGGCCUUGCACGCUUGAUCAUUGAUGAUGUUCAGGAGGAGGAUCUUGGUCGCUAUACUUGUAAAAUCAGCAAUAAUUUGGCUGAAGUGUUGGCUCAUGUCAAUCUACGGUUUGAACCACUGGAUGCCUGCCCAAGACGUCGCUAUGGAAAGAGUAAGGACAAGAGUUUCAUCCAUACCAGCCCGUAUCCUCUUAUGGACCGACCGAUUAUCUCAAAGUUGUCCGAUCGGCGUUUGACACUGUCCUGGAGACCAUCUAUGACAACAGUUCCACGUGAGCCGGUAACUUAUCAAGUGGAAAUGAUGCAACUCCCUGACGGCGAAUGGUAUACUUACCGUUCUGGAAUUCGUAGCUGUUCUUGUGAAAUACGCGACUUGGAACCUUUCCGUGAUUACAAAUUCCGUAUUCGAGUCGAAAACAAAUACGGCGCCAGCGAACCCAGUCCCUACAUCCAAACGUAUAGACGAAAACUGGAGUCUGAUCCUCCAGUGUUUUAUCCAUACUUUGGACCGGGACGUGAUUACCGUCCGGGCGUUUCCCCGCUUUUCCCACGCAACUUCGACGUAGAACGUCCCACGCAUCGUGACCGCGCUUCUGGUAUCCCUCCGGAGUUCCUCCGUCAAGAAUUCCCCGUCCAAUACGGUACCAAGAAUCACAACGUGAGCCUGUUCUGGUUCGUGUACGGUUAUCCGAAGCCAACAAUGACCUACUACUUCAACGAUCAGAAGAUCGAAGCUGGCGGUCGUUAUUGCUUCAGUUAUACCAGAAACGGACAGGCAACACUGUUCAUCAACCGCAUGAGCGAGCGAGACGUCGGCGUGUACGAAGCUGUCGCCACCAACGAACACGGCUCCGUACGGCAACGCGUCUGUCUCGAACUCGGCGAGUCCCCACGAUUCCUGCAGCGUCCGGAGGAGGUAUUCAUUAUGGGUCGCCGUUCGGGUCGCGUCGAAGCCAAGAUUGCCGGCGUACCCUUCCCCGACGUGAAAUGGUACAAGGACUGGCAGCCAAUCACCGAAUCAUCACGCCUCAAGAUGAUCUUCUACGAACCGGACACAUGGGUUCUGUUGAUCACUGACGCGAUCAAGAAAGACGAGGGUCUAUACUCAAUCAGUGUGCGUAAUGCUAUAGGAUCAGUCAGUUCGUCGGUAAUGGUACACGUUGAAGACAACGAAGAGGACUACGUGUACAACGCCCAUCACAGAACCCCAUACGUCCGUGCUAGGAAUAAGGUCUAUGAAGACUAUUACGAUAUUGGUGAUGAGAUUGGAAGAGGUACGCAGGGAAUCACGUAUCAUGCUACAGAACGUUCCAAUGGUCGCAACUUUGCCGCUAAGAUUAUGUACGGUAGUCCUGAUCUGAGACCGUUCAUGUUCAACGAAGUGGACAUCAUGAACGUCCUGAACCAUAGGAAGUUGAUCCGCCUACACGACGCGUAUGACAUCAACAAAUCGUUGACGUUGAUUAUUGAGCUUGCUUCGGGUGGUGAGCUAGUUCGGGAUAACCUGUUGAUGCACGACUACUAUACCGAGCGUCAAAUCGCCAUAUAUGUAUACCAGAUUUUGCUGGGUCUGGAACAUAUGCACACACGAGGAAUUGGUCAUAUGGGUUUGACAAUCAAGGAUCUGCUUAUCGCCUAUCCUGGUAGCGACAACUUGAAGAUUUGUGACUUUGGCUUGUCUCGUCGUAUUGAAGAUGAUAAGCUGUACACACUGGACUACGGUAUGCCGGAGUUUGUGUCCCCAGAAGUGAUCAAUCGCCGCGGUGUUGGUCUUGGACAGGACAUGUGGAGCAUUGGUAUCAUCACCUACAUUUUGUUGGGUGGUAUCAGUCCGUUCAUGGGCCGAAAUGAUCGAGAGACCCUCACCAAGGUGCGUGAUGGAAAAUGGAGUUUUGUUGGCACCGUGUGGGAGUUCAUUUCGUCUGAAGCCCGCGACUUCAUUACCAGACUAUUGGUAUAUGAGGACGAACACCGCAUGACCAUCAAGGAAGCCCUGAAUCAUUCGUGGUUCGAUAUUAUCUACAAACGUAGCUUCGACGAAUAUCAGAUUGGUACUGAUCGUCUACGUAGGUACUAUUAUCACUACAGAGACUGGUACACCAACGCUUCUUGCCGCACCUGGUACCGUCGUCGUCCAUUGAUGAGCUGCUUCGAUCAUCCGUCGAAGAUGGUGUAUCCACCUGGAAUCAUUUUCACUCCGGAAGGUACUCCACCACCAGUGGCGGUCGAUGAUAUCCCACACAAGCGCCGAAAGUGGGACGAGUACGUUUCCAAGGACAAUCACCCAGAUUACGAGACGGCGUCCUUCAAAUCCGAAAGCCACUACCAGUACGGUCCGGACACAUACUUGUUACAAUUGCGUGACACCACUUUCCCAUGUCGUCUGCGCGAGUACAUGAAGAUCGCCAAACACCGUUCGCCGAGCUUGCUCAGCGAGAGUAAUUACGAUGGAAGCUUACCGAUCAUCCGCGAGCGUCGUCGUUUCACCGACAUCAUGGAUGAAGAGAUCGACGAUGAACGCAGGAGUCGCAUCAGCCGCUAUGGAACGGACGACAGCGUGACGAUUAGCCGUCGUCUGCGUACAGAAGUCGGAACUCGUCUUGGAUCCUAUGCCGAGGCUGAAGCCAUGAUCGAAGUCAAACGAGAAGGUCAGCCACCGUUCUUCCGCGAAAAGCCACAAACAAUAGCCAUUCGGGAAGGUGAACCAAAUCAGAUCGUUUGCUACGCUGUCGGUGAUCCGAAACCAUCGGUCACGUGGUUCCGCAACGACAUGGUCGUUACCGAUAGCAACCGCGUCAAGGUAUUGGAUGAUGUUGAUGGUCGGUCAGUAAUUCAGUUCCAUCCCGCUUCGCACAAUGAUUGUGGUAUCUAUAAGGCAGUAGCUAGUAAUAGAAUAGCCAAAACAACGGCUCGCUGCCGCGUAGUGAUCGCCAUUAUCCCAGAUGCCCCAGAUUGUCCAGAUGCAGUUGCUGUGAGCGAUACGGAGGUAUUACUGCGGUGGAGACAGCCUCGCCAUGACGGUAAUUCGCAAGUUAUUUGCUACAGCUUGGAAAUGAAACAGCAUGGCAAGCUCGAUUGGGUGGACGUGGCAAGCAACAUCGAUCACGAGUUCUACCUGGUUCAUAGCUUGACGCCCACUACUAGCUACCAGUUCAGAUUGGCGGCCUACAAUCGUAUCGGUUGGAGUGAUCGUGGCGUUGCUACGAAGUUGAUCACUACACUGGAGGUUGGGGCUCCAAAGAUUCAGAUUACUCGAGCUAUGAAGCAAUUGCAGCAAUUGACAGAGUCUGGCCAACAUGUAGCACCAGAAGAACGUUCGGGACGUCUGGACUAUAGCUAUGAGAAGACUCCAUUGAAGUGGUCCGUUGAGGGUAACUACAACGAAAAGUUCAGCUUCAUGUCGGAGAUCUCGCGCGGUCGCUACUCCAUCGUAGUCAAGGGACUGGAAAAGGCCACCGAUAAGAUCGUUGUUGCGAAAAUCUUUGAGUUGGGAGAUGAGCGCAUUGCGGAAGCAGCAGAGCGUGAAUUUGAAAUGUUGCGUACGCUGAGACACGAACGUAUCGCUAGUCUGCUGGCUGCCUUCAAACCGAAGAACACAUCUAUCGCUGCCUUGGUCAUGGAAAAACUGCAGGGCGCCGAUGUCCUCACCUAUUUGAGCAGUCGAUCGGAGUACUCCGAACAAAUUGUGGCCACGAUCGUUAACCAGAUUUUGGACGGUCUACAGUAUCUGCACUGGCGCGGAAUCGCUCACCUAGAUCUACAACCUGACAACAUUGUCAUGUCAUCAGUUCGACAGGUGCAGAUUAAGUUGGUGGAUUUCGGAGCAGCGCAGCCCGUGUCCAAGUUGGGAUCAGGCGUGCCAAAUCAGGGCUGGAUGGACUUUACAUCUCCUGAGGUGCUCAACGGAGAAGCCGCUUAUCCACAGACCGACAUCUGGAGCGUGGGUUGCCUGGCAUACCUGUUCCUGUCGGCAACGAGUCCGUUCCGAGGUGGAGACGAAGCAGAAACCCGUGCCAACAUUACCUUUGUGCGCUACAGGUUCGAAUAUCUCUUCAAGGAGGUCACCCAGGAAGCGACACGGUUCCUGAUGUUGAUCUUCAAGCGUGCUCCAACGAAACGCCCUUCGGUGGAAGAAUGCUUCGAGCACAGAUGGCUUGUCCAUACCGAUUUCAUGAUCAAGAAGCGCGAACGUGCGAUCUUCCCUGGUAGCCGUCUGAAGGACUUCUCCGAACACUACCACACGAUGAAAACGAACGAGGCCACCAAGUCGGAGACCAUCUCCAGCCUCGGUGGCCAAUCCCCUCGUCAGCUGCUUCGAUCCAACAGCAUCCAGGAGGAACUGUUGACCACUUUCUAACCCUGACAGCAUGUUUAGCUACUAAAGCUUAGAAUCGUUACUUUCUUCUUCUAAAACCUUCAAUUAUUUAUUUAUUUAUUUGAUAUUAUUCUCGUAGAGCUGUUCUAGUCCCGUAAUCACUUAAACCUCUUCUUAGUGCAAGUAGUCUUCACCCACUUUUGUACAUAUUCGAUUUUUUAUUUUAAUCAAGGGAAACUAUAGCGUCUUGUGUUUAUUUUUUUAACGUGUAAGCAUAAGAUUUAGAUCAAGAAGCAAACUAUAGCUACUGCUAGUGCUACGACACAGGAAACACUUUAUAUAUUUGUAUAUGUGAUAUCCGAGUCAGGGAAACAUUUUUUAUAUGAAUUUUUAACCGAAUCUCUAACCAUACAAAUACGUUACACAUCCCUGAAGAAACUGACUCGGACCCAUAUAUAUCCAGCUGGUUUCCUCUACUAGUAGUGUUUGCAUAUAUUAACCCUCUAUAUCGCCCCGUCGUCAAUCAACAAGGAGAAUUGUAUAAAAAGAAAAACUCUUAACGAGAACUGUAUAAAUUUAGUUUCAUGCAUGGUACGAAAGCUUUCAACAGAUUGCACAUACAGAGGAUAAAAACAGCGUAUUUUGAAGUGAGAGAGAGAAAACGUGUAAUGUUCGUCUUAUUAAGAUUGCAACUUUAGGUCAAAUAGCAAGUUAACGAAAUUUCGGAGCUUUAAAAAUGUAGGACAAAUUAUAUCCUUGUUUUCCGUUCUGACAUUUUAUUUUCCUUGAAACAUUAAUUCAAUAAAUAGUUGUGCAAAA